CAAUCGGCCAUUUCGUCGGUGCAGGCCAUCAUCUGUAGAGGGCAGUGGGGAUACGUUGAGUUUACUGGUUCCUUGAGCAGCACAUCGACAAAAUCGCAACAUGAAUGAGACGGCAGUAUCCUUCGCCAAGGACUUCUUGGCCGGUGGCAUCUCCGCCGCCAUCUCCAAGACAGCGGUCGCCCCCAUCGAGAGAGUGAAGCUGCUCCUUCAGGUCCAACAUGCCAGUAAGCAGAUCACCGCAGAUAUGCAGUACAAGGGCAUUAUCGACUGCGUGGUCCGUAUCCCCAAGGAGCAGGGAUUCCUUUCUUUCUGGAGAGGUAACCUUGCCAAUGUCAUCAGGUACUUCCCCACCCAGGCCCUCAACUUCGCCUUCAAGGACAAGUACAAGAAGAUCUUCCUUGAUGGCGUCGACAAGCGCGCCCAGUUCUGGCGGUACUUCGCUGGUAACCUGGCCUCCGGCGGUGCUGCUGGAGCCACCUCCCUGUGCUUCGUGUACCCCCUCGACUUCGCCCGUACCCGUCUCGCCGCCGAUGUUGGAAAGCCCGGAGCAGGAAGAGAGUUCAACGGUCUGGGUGACUGCCUGACCAAGAUCUUCAAGUCUGAUGGUCUCAGGGGCCUGUACCAGGGCUUCAAUGUGUCUGUGCAGGGAAUCAUCAUCUACAGAGCUGCAUACUUCGGCAUCUACGACACCGCUAAGGGUAUGCUCCCAGAUUCCCAGAAGCAGAGCAUUUUGGUGAGCUGGAUGAUUGCUCAGUCCGUGACAGCCGUCGCUGGUCUGACCUCAUACCCCUUCGACACAGUCCGUAGACGUAUGAUGAUGCAGUCUGGACGCAAAGGAGCUGACAUCAUGUACAGCGGAACAAUUGACUGCUGGCGCAAGAUCGCACGCGAUGAGGGUGGCAAAGCUUUCUUCAAGGGAGCCCUGUCCAACGUGCUCAGAGGCAUGGGCGGCGCCUUUGUGCUGGUCCUGUACGACGAGCUGAAGAAAGUCAUGUAAAUUCUUCAUGUUGUCACAUCCACUGUUCAAUUCGGCUAAAUGUAAUAACCAACCAUUUCUAUGGACUCAGCGUUCUGCCUUAUUUAUGGGAACAAACUAUAGUGUCUCACCACUAGCUGUGGGCGAUGGCUGUAUGUUGUGCAUCUUUUAUGAUUUUAAACGUUCCGCAUCCUCUUUACCAAUGUCAUUCCUGUAAGAACAGAUACCUCCUCCUGUCAUUCACCAGGUUUGUAUGGUCCCAAAUCGAAUAAAUUUAUUCUGGGGAACAAACUGAACCACCGAUGUUGACUUGUCUCCUUCCACUGUAAGCAUGAGAUGAGCACUUGCUGGAUAAUGCAAUGCACGAAGUGGAUUACACCCAACUGCUAUAUUUACUCGUGCUUAUCUCCCCCUGAGCCUUCCUGGUUUGACCGCGGUCACUACGAGGAACACCCGGGUGUUGACUGGUCAACUAGUUUUACACUUAGGUUAUUUUAUAGGGUAACUUGACUACACAGCUAAUCUGAAUUGGUCUUCGGAGCGCAGUUUGAUUUACUACACCACAACCAGCAUUGGGGCUGCAAACUAGGUCCUACCAGUGAGUUGGCAUGAACAGAAAUAUCAGGAAGGUCAUGCAUAGAUUAGAAUAUAUGCAUGGAUGGUAACAUUAAGGUUCAAAUCACUACCUGUAAAACUUUGGAAAAGACUGAAAUGUACCAGACUGUCAUGUCGAGUAACCACAAUAAAUCUAGAUGAACUAA